AUGAAGCUCAAUGUUGCUACUACGGCGGUGAUCGCCUUUACAUUCUCCGAGGCCAUCUAUGCGGCUCCUGAGAAAAUCAACAGUCGCUUCGAGUAUGUCCUAGAGCCCCGUGAUAAGAAAUGCGGCCCAGACGUUGGCAGCUGUGGUGAAGGCGAGUGUUGUUCGGAGGCUGGCUUUUGUGGUACUUCUGCAGAAUACUGUGCUGGAUCACAAUGCCAGCUCGAUUAUAGCUACUCCUGCGAUACACAAACCAGCCCUCCAGGAGAAAGCACCGAAGGCAUCUCCCGAGGGCACAUUGGCGAUGUUCCAUAUGCCUCUACGAUUACUCAAUGCAUCGAGUCCGGCCAUGUUGCCUUGACAUUUGAUGACGGGCCCUACGUGUAUACAAGCCAACUCCUUGACAUCCUUGACAAAAACGAUGUUAAAGCGACGUUUUUCAUCGCGGGAAAUAACAGGGGCAAGGGUCGUAUAGACGACGAAUCAACAGGCUGGCCGUCCAUUGUUCGGCGCAUGCAUGAUUCUGGGCACCAGCUCGCAAGUCACACUUGGACACACCGCAAUCUCAACGAGGCUUCUGACCAUGUUCGAGAAACGGAAAUGAUCUACAACGAGAUGGCAUUCCGCAAUCUCCUUGGUUUCAUACCGACUUAUAUGCGUCCGCCGUUCCUGGAGUGCAGUGUGAAAUCUGGAUGCAUGGACACAAUGGACAAGCUGGGCUACCACGUUAUCAGCACAAACCUUGACACCAAGGACUAUGAGAACGACGAGACUUCGUUGAUUCAUGUCUCCGAGGACCGCUUCUCCUCCAUGCAGGACUCUGAUGAAACUAACCAUGAUUACAUCGUUCUCGCACACGAUGUCCACUAUCAGACAGUCGUGACUCUCACCGAAUACAUGAUCGAAGUGAGUAGGAGCCGAGGAUACAAGCUUGUGACUGUUGGAGAAUGCCUUGGCGAUCCAUAUGAGAACUGGUACCGCAAUGCGCGGACUACUAAACGUGAUGUUGAUGUGGCUGUUGGGCCGGGAGACAACACCAAAAACAAAACAGAGCCCGUCAUCUUAGGAGAUCACAGGUGUGGUAGCAAAUUUGGUGCAACUUGCAAGGGCUCCAGGCAUGGCAGAUGCUGUUCAUAUUAUGGAUAUUGCGGCAAUAGCAUGGCGCACUGCGGAACUGGUUGCGACUCGGAAUAUGGAGUUUGCGCCACCUAUGGGCAAGGCACAGCAGUUCUUCCCAUCUACAACACGACGAAUGGCCUUUGCGGGGACCGUUUCUCAGCUACAUGCAAGAACUACAAGAACAAAAACUGCUGCUCCAAGCACGGCUUCUGCGGCAAUUCCAGCGCUCACUGCGAAGAUGGAUGCCAGACGAAAUAUGGAAGAUGCUGGUAA